UCAUUCGUCCUAAACAGAGACCAGCAGCAUUCUAAACUUCUUCAAUGACUACCAUAGUAGAUCUUCCUUCUUCUUCUUCUUCUUCAAUGGCAUACGAUGUGCUCCUCAGUUUCAGAGGUACAGAUACGCGCACAAAUUUCACAGACCAUCUUUAUGUCGCUCUCAAACAAAAAGGAAUAUACACAUUUAGAGAUGAUGAAGAACUUAACAAAGGGGAAUCAAUUGGUCCAAAUCUCUUGGAAGCAAUUGAAGAGUCAAGAUAUGUAAUUGUGGUGUUUUCUCAGAACUACGCCGAUUCUUCGUGGUGUUUGGAUGAGCUUGCAAAAGUAGCUGAAUGCAGGAGAGCCAUGGGACAAACAGUCCUUCCAGUGUUCUACCAUGUUGAUCCAUCUGAUGUACGAAGACAAACUGGGAAGCACUUUGGGAAAGCAUUUGAGAAGCAUCAAGAGCGGUUUGGAGGCAAUCCAGACAAAUUGCAGAGGUGGAAAGACGCUCUUGCUGAAGUUGGCAAUCUCUCUGGAUGGCAUCUGCAAAAUGGGUACGAAUCCAAAGUCAUUCAAGAAAUUGUUGGAAAGAUUUUCACCGAGUUAAAUCAAAUAAUCCCAAUAUCUAAGGGUUUAUUUGGGAUGGAUUCUCACCUGAAUGAAAUACUUUCAUACUUAGACAUUGGGUGUCCUGAUGUUCGUAUCAUAGGAAUUUGUGGUAUCGGUGGUAUCGGUAAGACAACUAUUGCACAAGUGGUUUUUGAAAGGGUACGGGCUCAGUUUGAAGGUUGCAGCUUUCUUGAGAAUGUUAGAGAGGUAACUGAAAAGCAAGGUGUGGUUCAUUUACAAGAGAAACUUCUCUUGAACUUGCUGAAUAGUAAUGACAAGGUACAGUACACUAAAAUGGGAAAAGACAUAAUUAAGCAUAGACUAUCUACUAAAAGGGUGCUUAUUAUUCUUGAUGAUGUGGACCAAGAAGAACAAUUGGAAGCGUUGUGUGAUAAGGAAUCGUUUGGUCCAGGAAGUAGAAUCAUCAUAACUUCUAGAGAUGAACAUUUGCUCAGUGCAGUUGAAGGAGAUAAAGUAUAUAAGGUGAAUCCAUUAACUGAUGCUGAAGCUCUUGAGCUCUUCCGUAUGAAAGCCUUUAAGAAAGACCAACCGGUUGGGGAAGAUUUUCUCGAGCUAUCCAAGGAAUUUUUGAAAUAUGCUAAUGGCCUUCCAUUAGCUAUUAAAGUUUUGGGUUCCUCUGUUCGUGGUAGAUGUGUAAAAUUAUGGUCUAGUGCGUUGGAGAGACUUAAAAAAAAUCCUCCAAAAGGGAUUAUUGAUGUUCUUAAAGUUAGUUUUGAUGGAUUAGAAGAAACCGAACAGGAGAUAUUUUUGGACAUCGCAUGUUUCUUUAAAGGGGGGUACAUAGAUCUUGUAACAAGAAUACUACAAGGUAGUGACCAUUGUCCGGACAUUGAUAUAGCAGUUCUCAUAGAGAAAUCUUUGGUAACUCUGUUUGGAAGAAAAUUGGGGAUGCAUGACUUGGUACAAGAAUUGGGUCGGGAAAUUGUUCGCCAAAAAUGCCGUGAAGAGCCUGAAAAACGUAGCAGGUUGUGGCUUCCCAAUGAAAUCAUCCAUGUACUUAGUCAGAGCAAGGCGAUGAGUGCAGUUCAAAGCAUAUCCCUCCAAUGUCCAACGGGAGACAAUGUUGGUCACUCAAUUGAUAAUGACUUCCCAAAAAUGGACAGAUUAAGGUUGCUCAAGAUUUGGAAUUUGAAGUGUACCGGAAACAUCAGAUAUCUUUCUAAUGAGUUACAGUAUCUUGAAUGGCAUGAGUGUCCUUUGGUUUCUUUUCCGUCAGACUUUCAACCGGAUAAACUUGUUGAAGUUCACUUGUAUUUCAGCCGCAUCGAACAACUAUGGAGGGGAAAAAAAGGAUGGAGCAUGCUACGGCUUAUAAAUCUGAGUGGUUCACAACACUUGAUGUCGACUCCAGACUUCACGGAGGUUCCUGAUCUUGAAAAGUUAGUGCUUCAAGAUUGCACAAGGUUGGUGGAGAUUCACCCGUCUAUUGGAUUUCUGACGAAACUUAUCUCUUUGAACAUGAGAAAUUGCAAGUCUAUUGAGAGCAUUCCACCUUUCACUACCUUGGAAUCCCUUCAAAAAUUGAGGCUUUCAUUCUGUUCAGGACUGAAGAAGUUUCCAGAAAUUGAAGGAAAUAUGAAAAGCUUGCUGAAGCUUCAUUUGGAUGGGACCAGCAUUGAGGAAUUGUCUCCAUCAAUUGAACGCUUGACUGGUCUUGCCCUGUUGAAUCUGACAGAUUGUAAAAACCUUUUGCAUCUUCCCCAUACCAUUGGGUGCGUGACAUCUUUGAAAAGUCUCUUUCUAACUGGUUGCUCCAAAAUUGAUGAGAUACCCGAGAAUCUGAAUGGUAUGAAAUGUCUGGAGACGCUUGCAAUUGGUGGAACUUCCAUAAGGGAGUUAUCUUUCAUUCUAGGCAUGAAGAAUUUGAAGUAUAUAUCCUGCCAAGGAUGUACAUGUCUAGCUCCAGAAUCAUGCAAAGUUCUGGCUUCGUUAUCGAAUUUGAUAGAGCUAGACUUGAGUUAUUGCAAUCUAAUGGAUGGAGCAUUUCUCAAUGAGUCUAGCAGCCUAAUCUCCUUAACAUUGUUAGAUUUAAGUGGUAAUUGCUUUGUGCGAUUACCUGAAAGUAUCUCUCAACUCUCAAAGCUCCGCACUCUGGACUUGAGGAAUUGCAGACAGCUUCAAUUGCUGCCGAAGAAGCUUCCGUUAAGUCUUCAACGCGUGUAUGCACAAGAUUGUACUUCACUGAAGGAUUACCCAAAUCAAAUCAAAGUAUUGAAUUCACCGGAGUCGGGAGUGACAAUUGUCAAUUCCCUCAAUUCUUCAGCACUUGAAGUCUCACAAGGUUCCAAUAUGCUAGUUGUUUCGAAAAAUGGGAGGGAAUCUAUAAACCUGAGUUUGACACAUGAGAAUACAGAGGGGAAGCAAGUUGAUCAAUUGCCAGUGACAAAUCUAGCGUUUCUAAACCAAGAGCGUUUCCGGUCAGAUUUCAGUGGCGUAGAUCCUAGAGAUGAAAUUCCAGAGUGGUUCGGCACCAUAUCCACCAGAAAUGAAAUAUCAAUCCCGAUACCUCAAAAUCUGGCCGAUGACAACGAGUGGGUGGGAUUAGCCGCGUGUGCUAUAUUCUCAGUCAAGGGGCAUACUGCUCUCUCCCUUAUUGAACCGGAUCCUGAUUUUCUUAAUUACUCGUAUCAAAUAACAUUGGAAACUGAUGUUAUGCGUCUGAAACCAUAUGUGUUCCGCGUCUCAGCGCGCCCCCUAGGAUCAAGUUCUCAUCUGCUUGUGAUUUUCCAUAUACCUCAUCGGAAGGUUCCAUACGGGGAGUUAAAUAAAUCAACUGUGGUGAAGGCUAUAUUUGAAACCACCAAUCCAUCCAUGGUGGUCCAGAAAUGUGGAAUUCGUCUACUCUAUGAGCAAGAUGCUAAAUUGUUUUCCAGCAUAGUAGGGGUGGAUCAUCCGACUGGGCUGACAGAAGUUGAGGACGCCGCCUCUGCGGAGUCUAGCUGGCUUAGUCAAUCUUUGGAAUGGGAGAAAUUCAUUCCACCCUUGGAAGAAGAAUCCACACUUGCGCUGAGAAAGAACCUUGAGUCUGUUCUUCCAAGAUUCCUUGAGGCACUAAACAGUUAUUCUAAAAUAUUCAAAUUUAACCUCAAAGGAAGCCCAGGGUGGUUUGAGUUGUUUCACCUCGAUACGGGUUCAAAAUUGAACCUAAUUCCAAUCAAGCUGCCUCAGAAUCCACAUAAGAGCAAGAAGUGGAUGGGAUUUGCAAUGUGCGCAUCGCUUGUAGAGGAAGUGGGGCAGACAAUGAAAGAGGACAACUAUUGGGUAAUUGUUAAACUAUUUGGUACGGGUAUGGCCCAAGUACUUAAGCACGUCAGGCCAUUGUCAGAAGAACAUCAUCAACUAUUGGUUAUUUACAUACCGCGGGCACAGAUUCCCGAAGUGUCGUUCACUCAGACAUUAAAAACUGAAAUGGACAUUGGCAUUGAGGUCCAUAGCCCUCAUGUAAAGGUUCAAAGAAGUGGGCUCCGUAGUGUGUACCAGGAAGAUAUACAAGGGUUUGCUGAUACAAUUAUCUGGUGCAUGCAAAGGGAAGAUUCUCUUAAAUCUUACGAUAAGUUGGUGGUAAAAGAAUGGAUAAAUUUGAUACAAUUGCAAGGUGCCCUUUCCUUAGAGAGAGUGACAGAACGGGAUUCCAGAACCCCAUGGGAAAAAUACUUUGAAUUGCACUCACGAAAAUAUAGAAAUUGGGACUGGUCUGACCCUCGUCCUGUAAUUUGUUGUGGCUUCAAGAGAGCUGAAAUUUACAAGUGGAAAUGGUUCAUGCCUUUCAUCAACCAAGGCAACUCUGCAGAAAUCCAACUGCCUCUGAAUCUGUUCGAUGAUGAUAAUUGGUUGGGGUUUGCCGUAUGUUUUCAGUUGUCCCACGACCAAUAUCCAAACAUUAGUCAUGGCAAUAUCGCUCUCGAUUCAGAGAAUGUUGUGCUUAAUUAUCGUCUGGACUCUGAUGUUCCUUGGCACGGCUUAUUUGAUUUCAUGAUGCAUGCAGAUAUUAAGAUACCCGAGCAAUCGGAAUACUACGCGACUCAUUUCCUUUACAUACCGCGCACUAGAGUUAGUAAGAUGUGGAGGCAAUGCAAAUUGGCCAGGAUAACUUUGUGGUUCUCUAGCUCAUGCUUAGCAGUGCAUAGUUGUGCCCUUGGUCUACUAUUUAAAGACGACGUUGAACAUCUUGUAGAAACACUGGUCCUCGCCGAAUUACCUUGAACAUCCCCCAACAUGUGCUGCCAAGUCAUGGAGAAGGAGGCAAAGGUCUGCAAGCAAGAGUUUCCUAAUAGAGAUCGAGAUAAAAACGUUGUGUGAUAUUUCCUUAAGCUAGAUCAUAUCUAGUGCUUAAUAAUGCACUGUUAAGAAUUUUGUAUGCUCUUACUGGAGGAGCAAUCAAUUUGAUUAGUAUUACAUUGAAUGACCUGUUCAUUUUGUUUA